AUGAACGCAAAUACGUGUCAUACAACGUCUACUAUCGAGUUGAUUUUCUCCCCACUAGCUCUUGUUAUUCGUUGUUGUUUCAGCCCGUACAUCCACGGUAAUGUCAGUCGGGAGCCAUUUGUCCCGCCCUUUAUCGUCUGCAAACGACCAAUCACCGCACUUCGGAAUCCCUGUGGGGUGACGUUGCAUGUAUUCUGCGCAUGCGCGCGUCACUUUCGGCGCUCCAUAGCUCGGAGCAGUGUGAAGAUGGCGGCAGGCUCCGAUCUGCUAGAUGAGGUUUUCUUUAACACUGAGGUGGACGACAAAGUAGUUAGUGAUCUUGUGGGGUCUCUUGAGUCCGAGCUUUCGGGUCACAGGAACCCUGAGGCAAGGAGCCAGACAGUCGCUAAACACAUGGCCAGUUCCGGGACAGGGGUUAAUGCUAAUGUCCAGCAGAACAAACGGCGACUUGCUCAAGAGGUUGCAAAAGCAGGUAUGCUGUGUUAACGUUGUUUUGCUUGUUGUUUCAAGUGUAAACGAAUGCAAACACCAGUUUAUCUUGUGAGUACCUACUUAGCAUUGUGUCACCCCCUUCUCUCACCCUUGUUUCUGCUCCACAACAGGGGCUGGAGUGCAAGGGGGUGUCAUUAUUAGUAAUACGAUGUCCCAGGGUUCAGCUAUGGAUGCCUUAUUGGCUGAGUCGGACUCAUCGGUAGGACACAGUCAAGGCAAGACGGUUGCUGUCAGUGACAGUAUAAUAACUCCUCUCCCAAAUCACGGGGGAAAAGUAGCCUCUUCCGCAGCUCAAACUUUGAAUGGAGGCAGUAUAAUGAACUGUUACAAUUCAGGAAGCGCUGUCUCUCUUACUGGGACACCGCUGUCAAGGAGUUGCACGAGUAGCAGCAAUGCCUCGGUAGCUGUCACAGUUGUCAACAACGGGCCGGGGUUGUCAAAAGGACAUGCGAGCGCAGUAAUGCCACCUUCAUUGAACAGCACUAUCAUCCAGACAUCAUUCGUGAACUCUCAGAAUGUUGUCACCUCGUCUCACACUGCGAGUCUGGGCACUGAACCUGCCAUAUCACAUAUUGUGAGGCCAUCUAUGCAAACUGAGGGAUCGGGUACAGCGUUGAAUGGUCCUAAUGCGGGAUUGCCUUUCAAUGUCAAUGUAGCGGGUCAGCCCACUACAACUGCACCGGGCAUGGCCAUACAAACUCCACCAUUGAACAAUGGUCAGUCGCCCACCUCUGUGGCUGUCAGUGCGUGGUCGCACAUCAUCAAGGCAGAGACGCCCAAAUCAAUCAUACAGACUGCUCCUGGUGCUGUAACGAACCCGUCGUUCCAGAGCGCACCGAGGACUUCCACUCCGGUGACAGUGGCUGCCAGCCCGGGAGGGAUCCGAGCUAUCGCGCAACAGGUGUUGGCCCCUCGGCACCCCCAGACAUCCCCGAACCAGCCCAACGUUCAGAACAUCCAGCUUCCCCCAGGUAUGUUUGUCUCUCUUUGAAAUUAAAUAGUUACAAAAAUGUAAUAUUGUUCUGAUAUGUAUCAUUGUUUGCCUACACAUCAUUUUAAAGACAGUCAAAUAGAGAUAUAUUUCAGAAUUGAUCUUUGAAAAUUAUACUUGCUGCUUCAUUGAUUAUUCACUGAUGAUGAUGACCCAUCAAUCAAAGGGUAAAAACAUACUGGUUCUUCAUUGCAUCAUCAUUUGCACAGAAAAUCCAGAACUUUCCCUGCUGAUCUGUCUUGGUAGUUCAUUGAAUUGAUGUAGAGUGCCCUGUUGUGCCUCCCAAGCGCACUCCUGUUGUGUAUGUGCUGCGCUGUUCUCUGCCUGUGCACUGUUAACACACUUCUGUCAACUCCUGUUAACACACUCCAGUCAACUCCUAUUAACACACUCCUGUCAACUCCUAUUAACACACUCCUGUCAACUCCUGUUAACACACUCCUGUCAACUCCUGUUAACACACUCCUGUCAACUCCUGUUAACACUCCUGUCAACUCCUGUUAACACACUCCUGUCAACUCCUGUUAACACACUCCUGUCAACUCCUGUUAACACACCCCAGUCAACUCCUGUUAACACACUCCUGUCAACUCCUGUUAACACACACCUGUCAACUCCUGUUAACACACUCCUGUCAACUCCUGUUAACACACUCCUGUCAACUCCUGUUAACACACACCUGUCAGCUCCUGUUAACACACUCCUGUCAACUCCUGUUAACACACUCCUGUCAACUCCUGUUAACACACUCCUGUCAACUCCUGUUAACACACUCCUGUCAACUCCUGUUAACACAUGCCUGUCAACUCCUGUUAACACACUCCUGUCAACUCCUGUUAACACUGGAAAUGGAAAUUGAUGUAUGUAUGACAUGCAGAUAAUCAAAUACUCAGAGCUUUUCAAUACAUUUUCUCUUAUCCCUAGGCUUUAUUUCUUCUAUCAUGUUACAUUUAGCCUACAGAGUAAAAAGUUCAUAAACAUCAAUAGAUAUAAUGGCAGGCAGACAGGGAUAUGCCAUAUGCAAGUAUAGCAUACCGUACUAUCCUGGUAAGAGCACUACUACUGGCUAACCACAGACUGUAUUACCUGUAUGAUGAUGAUGACGACCACCACCAGAAGUGGAGACUGUUGCUGCCCAAUGUGCCAGCCUGUCUGAGAAGUGUGUGUAUAAUGUCCUGUCCUCUGUGAGCUCUCUGUGAAUACAGGACCAACUGUGCCUGUAAUGCAGUCAGUCUUUUUCUUGAGACCCUUCUUGUAGUGUAGUCAGUGUUGAUCCCCCUGUGGCGAGGCACGGUGUCCCGAUGCAUUACCAUGCACAUUACAGCGUGACUCGUUUACACUGCCGCAUCGGUCUGUAUGGAACUCUGCCGCCUUGCCUCGUCUCGCCUUGCUUCUUUAGGAAGACUGAUUAGCAUGAAAUGGCACAGUGAUUAUGGCCCUUAUCCAGCGCUCUGUCUCUCAGCUAAAUGUUAGCAGAUGUGGGAGGAUUGGAGCUAAACUGCUGCCAAGUACUACCUGUUCUAUAGAAUCCCUCUUCUGUUGAUGUAGAGGAGUGUUGUUACAAAUGUGUAACAAAUGUGUUACAAAGUGUUGUAAAGGGAAUCUAACAUGGUGACAGGAGGGUUAGGGGAAGUCGAAUGACUUCUUCUCUCUCCCACAGGUAUGGUCCUGGUGCGCAGUGAGAGUGGGCAGCUGUUGAUGAUCCACCAGCAGACCCUGGCUCAGAUGCAGUCCCAGUCCCAAUCCCAGGGAGUCAUGGCCCCCCGCCCAGCCACCCCCACCAGCACUCCUCCUUUUCAGAUCACCUCAGUCCAGGUUUGUUCAAUAGACAAUGUCACCUCAGCCCAGCUACCUCUACCAGUACUCUCCAGAUCAGACCACCAGCCACUCCCCUUUUCAGAUCAUGUCAUUCCAGGUUAAAUCAGUCUUUCCCCUGGUGCAGAUCAGUUGGUCUUAAACCUUCCUCUUUUCUUCAGGCUCCUGGAACGCCCAUCCUCACCAGGCAGGUGACUCCCACCACUAUCAUCAAGCAGGGCCCACCUGUGCCAACCUCUGCUCCUGUCACCACCACACUCCAGAGGCCUCCUGUCCUACAGGUACAGUGGGGGACAGGCAGUGGGGGGCUACAGCAGAGCAGGAGAGAUGUAGCAUACACACAGUAGGGUAUAUUAUACAGUAGGGCCUUAGCAGAGGGCAGAAACAGCACCAGUCAUGUGGAACUUCCUUUUAAAAAAUCUUGAGGGGCGCUUCUGUAACAUAGGCAUCUCCUUUGAGCUUGAAUCCCCUUUUGUGUGUGAGAGUGCCUUCCUGGUGUGUCAGUUUAGUGUAUGUGUGUUUUCUGUGUAUCCACUAUGAAUUCAAGCUGCAGGCUCUCACAACUCAUUAUCACAGCCAGUGGUUUCAAUGAAUGCCUGAUUUGUCCCGGGCCAACAGUUUCGGACUCCUUUUCAGUUCUCUAAGGUCUUGUAUGCACUGGGUCCUCUCUUAAACGUAUCUGAAGAGUGUUUGCUGUCGGCCAGUGCUGGAUAGUAUGUGUGUGGAGCCCCAUGCUAUAGCUCUCCAACCCCUUUAAUGAGGUGUCUGCUCAAAGCUCACUAUUUUGGUCAUACAUUUGAUCUGGCUUAUGGCUUAUGGUGCAUUGAACAUAACAACCUGGAUGAUGUGUGUAUUUACCCCCCAGAGUCCCAUGAUUGUGGGAGGGGCUGCUGCAGGCACUUCUAUGGGGACAGUGCUACCAGGGGCCACCCAGAGGACCGUCACCAUGUCACCUGGGACCACUGUCACCUUGGCAACGGUGCGGAACUAGGUUCCACCCACCCCCAUUGGUCAGGGCUAGGCCCUCUGUUCAGGGAAUGCUCCUCUGCUAGACCUUAGCUGUAUUUCUAGUGCUUUGAUGGUCUCUGGUAAAUGCAAUAAAAAUACGGCAGAUAUGAUAGAAGGAUACGAUGGCUUUUGAUGUGUGAAUGACGCAAGAGCCCAUGAUGGUUGCUUAAAUAAGGAGCUUGACUUUGUUUCUAAGGCUGCCCUUUGUUUGUUUUGCUGUAGGAGACGAUGGAUAAUGUGAAGAAAUGCAAGAACUUCCUGUCUACGUUAAUCAAGCUGGCGUCCAGCGGGAAGCAGUCCUCAGAGACUGCCGCCAACGUUAAAGACCUGGUCAAAGAUCUCCUGGUGAGUGACCACACCAGGGCUGCUGGAAAACAUGUGGCGAGGCAGCAUUUGCCACAGCACUUUUCAGUCAGGUGUGGCUGUGUCACACCACUUUUGAUUUAGUUUAAUAAAAUAUAUUGAUGCAAAGUGUUAAAAAGUGCUGUUUUUUAGACCAAUUUGCACACGAUUUCUCUGGCCUUCACAUUGGAAUGCUGCUGCAGGCUCUUAACAUGUCUUGACCAAUCAGAUUCACGUAAAUUGCAGGUCGCACAGGCGGGGCACAAAGCUCAAGGCGUUAUCUCAACUUAUCCGGUAUUUAUUCAGCAAGCGUUAUAACACAUCACUCCCGACCGACACAAGCAAAAACUCUUCCAUAAAUGUAGCAGCCUAUACACCUAAACAUUAGCUAUCUGACACGCUGUAUUGCAUAGAAACGAGACCAUUUUUUAGUCUGAUCAACUGUAGGCUACUAACAACAGCAACUGUAUAGUCUAGCCUACUAUGCGCCCUGUCCCUCUGGCCAGGGUAAACAAAGUGGUAACGUUGUGUAUUUAUAGCCCAUUUGUUUGUAAGAAAAUGUGAAUGGGAGAAAAUGUGGUUUUUAUACUGAACAAAAAUAUAAACACAACAUGUAAAGUGUUUGUCCUAUGUUUCAUGAGGUGAAAUGAAUGAUCACUGAAAUGUUCCAUACGCACAAAAAGCUUAUUUCUCUCAAAUGUUUGUGCACAUAUUUGUUUACAUCCCUGUUAGUGAGCAUUUCUCCUGCCAAGAUAAUCCAUCCACCUGACAGGUGUGGCAUAUCAAGAAGCUUUAAACAGCAUGAUCAUUACACAGGUGCACCUUGUGCUCAGGACAAUAAAAGGCCACUCUAAAAUCUGCAGUUUUGUCACACAACACAAUGCCACAGUCUCAAGUUUUGAGGGAGCGUGCAAUUGGCAAGCUGACUGCAGGAAUGUCCACCAGAGCUGUUGCCAGAGAAUUUGGCAGUACGUCCAACCGGCCUCACAACUGCAGACCACGUGUAACCGCCAGCCCAGGACCUCCACGUCUACCUUCUUCACCUUCGGGAUUGUCUGAGAUCAGCCACCCGGACAGCUGAUGAAACUGAAGAGUAUUUCUGUCUGAAAUAAAACCCUUUUGUGGGGAAAAACUCAUUCUGAUUGGCUGGGCCUGGCUCCCCAGUGGGUGGGCCUAUGCCCUCUCAGGCCCACCCAUGGCUGCGCCUCUGCCCAGUCAUAUGAAAUCCAUAGAUUAGGGCCUAAUUUAUUUAUUUAAAUUGACUGAUUUCCUUAUAUGAACUGUUACUCAGUAAAAUCAUUAAAAUUGUUGCAUGUUGCGCUUAUAUUUUUGUUCAAUAUAUUAAAACUUGGGCUGACUAGUUUACCUAGACCUUUUCAAUCCAAAAUUAUUAACUGGAAUUAAUCAAUAAACACAAUAGCUGACACACUGUGAAUUAAUCUUUAAAUAUGCCAACAGUUGCAUAGGGCAGGACUACAUGAUGCAAACCCGCAUAAAGCAAGCUCAGCCCUGUGAGUUUUAUUGUCCAAUUAGGUUGCUUUCUCUGUGUAACCCCCCUAGUCCUUCUUUAAAAUAUAAUUCAUAUGAACAAGGUUGCUGCAGUUUGACAGAGUUUUCAUCCUCCCCAAGGCCAGGAGUAAAAAAAAACCCAUGUGACCUGAUUAGAAAAUCUCUGGUACCAUCAUAGCCCACAUUAAACCUUUUUACAACAGAUUAAUCACGUUAUACCGUAUAAGGUCCAGAGUUUUACUGGUUUAGGUUACCAGAUCAGAAAAAAACUACGGGCCCCAGAUUUUUUUUUUGCCACACCACUCUGGGACCUGUGGUGCCCCCUCUAGACCACACACCUCUGAUGGAAUCCAGCUAGAAAUCAGGAGAUAUUUGGUCCAACUGUUGAUGUCAGCUGCUGAGAGUAUCACAAUAGACAGGGAUUGCAAUCUGAUGAUUAACAUUUAGCAUAUUUCUUUGGUCUGUUCUCAUUUCCAACAGGAAGGGAAGAUUGAAGUUGAGGACUUCACCAACAGGUUAUACAGGGAGCUCAACUCCUCACCUCAGCCUUACCUCGUGCCUUUCCUCAAGGUAAGGAAUCCUCCUACGCACCAAUGAAUAAACAAAACCGAGUCACCCACCCACCAAUUUGCUCUCACCAAACCAUUCUGCCAAAUGACCAAAUUAUCUCUGCCUUUCUGUCUGUGUGUCUGUCUGUCCUCCAGAGGAGCCUUCCUGCCCUGCGGCAGCUCACCCCAGACUCGGCAGCCUUCAUCCAGCACAGUGGGCUCCAGCAGCAGGCCUCUGCCACCACCCCCACCACGGUGGUACUGGGCAGCCCAGCCCUGCGCCCCGCAGCCCCACCCAUCAGACCACACCUCCAGCCUGUCAUCAGCAAACAGGGGCAGACUACCCCAAUGGUACUCUACCACCAUAUUGCUAUUAUUAGGGAUAGAUUAUAAACACAUAUCAUUGUUUACUCUUGUUAAAAUCUUUAGUAUUAGAAGUACACUACAUUACCAAAAGUAUGUGGACACCUGCUCGUCGAACAUCUCAUUCCAAAAUCAUGGGCAUUAAUAUGGAGAUGGUCCUCACUUUGCUGCUAUAACAGACUCCACUCUUCUAAGAAGGCUUUCCACUAAUGUUGGAACAUUGCUGCGGGGACUUCCAUUCCAUUCAGCCACAAGAGCAUUAGUGAGGUCGGGCACUGGCUCGCAGUCAGCGUUCCAAUUCAUCCCAAAGGUGUUGGAUGGGGUUGAGGUCAGGGCUCUGUGCAGGCCAGUCAAGUUCUUCCACAACGAUCUCGACAAACCAUUUCUGUAUGGCGCUCGCUUUGGCCUUACCCAAACUGUUGCCACGAAGUUGGAAGCACAGAAUCUUCUAGAAUGUCAUUGUAUGCUGUAGCGUUAAGAUUUCCCUUCACUGGAACUAAGGGGCCUAGACCGAACCAUGAAAAACAGCCCCAAACCAUUAUUCCUCCUCCACCAAACUUUACAGUUGGCACUAUGCAUUGGGGCAGGUAGCGUUCUCCUGGCAUCCGCCAUACCCAGAUUUGUCCGUCGGACUGCCACAUGGUGAAGCGUGAUUCAUCACUCCAGAAAACGCAUUUCCACUGCUCCAGAGUCCAGUGGCGGCAAGCUUUACACCACUCCAGCUGACGCUUGGCAUUGCGCAUGGUGAUCUUAGGCUUGUGUGCGGCUGCUCGGCCAUGGAAACCCAUUUCAUGAAGCUCCCGUCUAACAGUUAUUGUGCUGACGUUGCUUCCAGAGGCAGUUUGGAACUCGGUAGUCAGUGUUGCAACCGAGGACAGACAUUUUUUACGCGCUUCAGCACUCGGCGGUCCCGUUCUGUGAGCUUGUGUGGCCUACCACUUCGCGGCUGAGCCGUUGUUGCUCCUAGACGUUUCCACUUCACAAUAACAGCACUUACAGUUGACCGGGGCAGCUCUAGCAUGGCAGAAAUUUGACAAACUGACUUGUUGGAAAGGUGGCAUCCAAUGACGGUGCCACGCUGAAAGUCACGGAGCUCUUCAGUAAGGCCAUUCUACUGCCAAUGUUUGUCUAUGGAGAUUGCAUGGCUGUGUGCUUUAUUUUAUACACCUGUCAGCAACGGGUGUGGCUGAAAUAAUUGUUUGAAGGGCGUGUCCACAUACUUUUGUAUAUAUGGUGUAUAUGAAAGGAUUUUCCGGCUACAUCUUUCCAACCGCCCCAUUGACCCCUAACCUUGAACCGUCAGGUGCUCCAGCCUCAGCAGCAGGGGGCAAUGGUAAGGCCUCUUCGGGUGACCCCCAUGGUUACCCUCAGAGGUCAGCCCCCCCACAGUCAUAUCAUGCUGGGACAGCCACAGGUGCAGCUCAGACAGCUACAGACAGGUGAGUGGGGGAGGAGACCAAGUGAUACACAAAGAAAAACCAAGAAAUCCUAUCUGUCUGAUCUCUUUCUCUCUCCUGUCUCUCUCCCAGUCCCUGUGGUGAAGCCUGGAGUGUUGACUGGAUCUAAGUUGUCUCCUAGUGCUGCCUCUCUGGCCACUGCAGCUCAGACGAACAAGCUGAAGGAAGCUGGGGGCACGUUCAGGUCAGCUAUGGAUGUCACAUCCACAAACCAGUAGGAGGACAAUUAUCACAACUAAAAUGAAAGAUUGAAAAGUUCUGUAGCUGUUGCCUGGCUGACUGUGUGUGUCCAGGGAUGACGAUGACAUCAAUGAUGUGGCGUCUAUGGCUGGGGUUAACCUGUCUGAGGAGAGUGCCCGUAUCCUGGCAACCAACUCCGAGCUGGUGGGAGCAGUGACACGGUCCUGUAAGGAUGAGGCCUUCCUCCAUACCUCCACACUGACCAGAAGAAUACUGGAAAUAGGUGAGACUAGCACACACACACACACACACACACACACACACACACACACACACACACACACACACACACACACACACACACACACACACACACACACACACACACACAGUUACACACACACACACACACACUGAAAGAUGCACCUUUGAGCUUAGCUUUCAUACUGGUUCCCUAGAUCCUCACUGACUGCAGGUGUUUCCUCUCCUUAGGUAAGAAGUUUGGUGUGAGUGAUCUGGGGCCGGAGGUAGUGAACUACGUGUCCCACGCCUCCCAGACCAGGUUACAGAACCUGUUGGAGAAAGUCUCUGAGGUGGCCCAGCUGAGGAACAUCAACUUCAAGGUCUGUACGGUUUUGUGCAUAUUUGCUUCUUUAGCAUCUGUUCCAUGGUCUGGUACUUUAUGGUGAAUUAAUGUAUGUGUUGAAAGGAGGACAGUCGGUACGAGCAGACGAGCGACAUGCGUGCCCAGCUCAAGUUCUUUGAGCAGCUGGAUCAGAUGGAGAAACAGAGGAAAGAGGAGCAGGAGAGAGAGAUUCUGAUGAAGGCAGCAAAGGUACUGGAGCUGUUUCAGCACAGACCCAUUCCACUAUCACUCCCAUUAUAUUUGACUUUUAGGACCACUAUGGGUGAGAGGUGGAAAUUAAUUACUUUAUUCUGGAGACCCACUUGACCCACUCCUAUCUGUUUUCUGAUGGGUGUCCUUUCAGUCUCGUUCUCGUCAAGAAGACCCUGAGCAGCUGCGGUUGAAGCAGAAGGCCAAAGAGGUAAGAGGGAUGGAUAGGGUCAUGAGAAUUUGGCAUAACAAAAUACAUGUGACUGAAGUGUCCAUAAUAGGGGUGUGUUUGUGUAGGCCUAUCUCAAACGUGUAUAUGUGUGUGUCUCCAGAUGCAGCAGCAGGAGCUGUUUCAGUUGAGACAGAAGGAAGCUAACCUGACGGCGCUGGCGGCCAUCGGCCCCAGGAAGAAGAGGAAAAUGGAGGCUGCAGCCGCUGCAGCUGGAGCUGAGGUAACAUGGUCUCCACCUUCUCUCAAAGUGUGGUUGUGGGCUGUUUCUUCAUGUAGUCAAAUCACAAUCUUCUGUCUCCUUUUUUUAUUUCUCUUUCGCCCUCAAACCCCUCAACUCUCUGCCCCUUUCUCUCUUUCCGCCUCAAACUCCCUCUCUUGUUCUCUCUGACUGUCGCUCUCCCUCCCCAUCUCUCUCUCAGGGCUCAGGGUCCAGUCCCGCUCCGUCUGGUAGUGGCAGUUCAGGAGCGUCCAGACAGUUUAUCCGCCAGCGCAUCACGCGUGUCAACCUCAGGGACCUGCUCUUCUGUCUGGAGAAUGAGAGAGACACCAGUCACUCCCAUCUCCUUUACAAAGGCUUCCUCAAAUAG